AUGUGGCAUGGGCUAAAGGGGGUCAAGGCAUAUCUGUAUCAUGAGUCCCAAGCUGCUUGUUUCAAGAAAGCGAGAGAUGAUCUAUACAAGGUUAAAGCAUGGGUUUUCUCUCCACAAGUCAAAGUUAUUAGGUCUGACAUUCGUGAGGAAGAUGUGUUGAAGGAGAAAGAUGCUUUUGAGGAUCUUAAGAAGCUGGCAGCCAAGUCACUGACUGAGACAGUUAAUCAGUUGAUUGACACUGUUAAUCAGGUGAAGGAGGAUGAAAAUGCCGAACAGGCGACCCGACCAUCAAGAGUCACUGAUGCGGGACAAAAUCGGUCUGGUGCACCUCUUAAAGCUGCAGACAAUGUUAUUAUCUCACAGCAUCAGCAUGCAGCAGCCUCUCAAAUUCAGGCAAGAGAAACCGAUAUACAUGCACUCUCAUUGAGUAAAAACGAGACAGGUGUCCCCAUGAAUGUAUCCGAAAGCUUCAAAAAGGAAUAUGCAAUGGUACUAUUACAGCUCAAAGAAGCUAGUGAUCAGGUUGCUUCUGCUCUUGCAAAUUUGAGGCGACGCAACACAUACCCAGAGAAAAGAGGGAUUUUGAGGACGAAUAAUCGACUUCCUCUGCAUUGUCCUUCCUAUUACUUUGGUUUGUACAGUAAAAAGAAAAAAACUGUGAAGAAAGAUACUUCUUCUGAUGACAGUUCUGAUAUGCGAGUAAAAAAACACCGUGGAUCAACUGUCAGGGAGAAAUUGAGUAGGGAUUGUCACCUACAUUCUGAAGGAGAAGGAGAAGCAAAAAGAGCUUCAAUUACUUACUGCAUAACCUACAUUCUAAAUUGCAUCACCAAGCAUUCACCUCAGUACAUAAUUCUAAUGGUGGGGCGUAUAUUGAGAGGGAUUGCCACCUCUCUCCUCUUUUCAGCCUUCGAAUCAUGGCUUGUUGCUGAACACAACAAGAUGAAAAGAUAG